AAAAACUUGCUAUGUUUGCAACACAGAAUUCAUUAAAAUCACUUUAAAGUUUGAACUUUCAAGUUUUAAAUUGUGUAUAAAACUUAAAAGUUUUGAAGCAAUUUUUUGUAUUUUGAAUUUAGUAAGUAAUUAAGAUAAACAUGUCGACAUCUUCCGUGUCUGAGGAUUUAGUAUCGUCUGCAUGGAUAGUUUGCCAAUCAAAAUCCUACCCUGGUCUCGUUUAUUAUUUUAAUACUUUAACUGGUGAAUCAGUGUGGGAUUUAAAUGAGCCGGAGUCAGAAAAGGCUCAAAUGAGAGUAAACAUUUUAAGAAAUCAGUCAGAAUUUCAUGCUGAUGACUGUCCAGAACCUGCGCACUCCCCUCAGAAUAUUUCAAGUCAAGAUCAAAAAACCAAGUUCAAAUACAAAAAAAGUUUUCAAACAAACAUUUACAAUAAACAAGUUAUAAAUAAUCAGUUUAAGAAACCAUUUCCAGUAGAACAGUUUCCCAGUUACAAUGGUUCUAAUCCAAUUGAAUUCAAUAUACCUAUCACACCUACUUUUAUUGGAGAACGGAAUGCAGAAGGGUCAAUUCCAGUCACUUCAUCAUCAGACCAAAUACCAGAACCUAAACCAUUGCUGCCUUUGUCAAGUCGUUUUAAGAAUAUUUCAAACAAUCAAACUCAAAACCAAUUUAAAAAAAAAGUCUUCAAAAGGAAUUUCAAACAGAGGCUUAACAAGGGACCGAAAAAUAAUUCAAAUCAUAAAUUUCAUAAUAAAAGGAAGAAUAAUGACUUUAGACGGGUUGCGCCUUCAAAACAAACAAAUUACACAAAUGGUUUUAGAAAAUCAAAAUGUAAAAGGAAAGCAGUUGUCAGAAAUAACACAAGUAAUUCUUGCGGUUUGUUAAAUGAAGACGAUAUCUGGUUAGAGGAAAAUCUACAGACACAAGGAAAAAAGGAAAUACUUGAUCUAACACUCUUAAAAAAAUAUUUACGAAUAGAAAAUACAGAUCUAUGGUAUAUUAUUGUAGAUUCAAAUGCAUUUCUAAACCAUACAAACUUCAUAAAUAUAUUUAUUAAUUCAGAUGAGAUGUGUCGCCUUUUAGUGCCAAAAAUAGUAUAUGAUAAUAUUAAUAGUUGCAUGAAUUCUCGAAUCAGAACUCAAGCUCACAGAGCUGCAUUUUUAAUAUCAAAACAAGUUGAUGCAGAUUUAGCUUUUAUUGUUACAGAUAACUUUAACUGUAAGAUGACUACUGAUGAAAAACACAGUAUUAUAGUAUGUUGCACCAAACUUAUACAGGAAGACUGCCAUGUGCUAAUUUUAAGCAAUGAUCUAGAAAUAAAGGAUUUAAAGGAUAACAAAAAAUUGGUUUUUACGAUAAGCGAAAUAAAAAAUUUACUAACCAAAACUGAAAGUGAAAAUGUAGAAUCUUACAAACCAAAGCCAAACAAAGUAGACAGUCUACAUAUAAAUAUUGUUAUACCAAAUACGAAUGAGGCAGAAAAUAAUGGGGUUUCGCAAACAAAUAAUAUCGAUGAAGCAGAAGAUCAAACUGAAGUAGAGGAAACUGUAGCAAAUCAAAUAGAUGACAACAAAAUGUCCAGUGCUGAUACUAGUGCUAACAAAGAUCAAGCCAAACAAAAAAAAUAUAGGAGUUUAUCAAACGAAAUCCCAGGCAGUAAAAGACAGUAUAUGAAAUUUAAUAGACGCAGAACAAAGAGUAGUAUGACAAUUGUACUAGAUGUCGGUAAGGAUGAAUCAGAAAUUACAUCCGGAGAUGUAGACUCUGAAAACUCGACGUGUAAAAUAGUUAAUGCAAUAAAAGAAGAUAUAAUUAGUACCAAUAUAACUAAAGAUAUUCCACAAACUAACGGAAAUAUAGAGACUAAUGGCAAAGAAAUAACAAAAAACAAUGAAAUAUCAGAAGAAAACACAGAAUAUCAUAAUGUUAUGUUCGAAAUCACCGAUCAGAAUAUGGAAGGUUACUUACAGAUGAAAUCAGAUGAAUUUGUUUCAAGAUUCAUGGGAAUAAUGGGGGAAGUUCUGCACCGUAUAUUACAAGAGGAGCCGUGUUUCGUUUCCGAAGCUAUGCCACCUCCUUGGACGCUUUACGAAGCCACAGAAUGUAUUAAAAGGAAAUUUCAUUAUGAUUCUGAUGUUGUGGACGCAACGAUAAAACUAUUGAAUGUUUUAUUCCAACUCGGCGGAUUGAGAGGUAAGAUUACUAGGGAUAUAAGUCCUCAGAAAUACAUGGAAAUGUAUAGCUUCGGAGUUUACUUAAUAGAUUCAUUACAGGGUAUUUUAAGUAAUAGUGAAGAUCUCCAAAUAGCUGCUGAGUCCUUAUCUAAGUUGUUAAAAGACAUACAAAAUCCUUUAUUGGACAAAUGCAAUCAAAACAGUCCUGCGGACUUGCAAGAUGGCGAUCUUAAUAAAAGUUUUAUUAAUGGAACGAUUUCAAAUGAAACAGAUACUCGGUAUUGGGUCUCAGGUGACGAUAAUGAAAUUCCCAAUAAGGAAAGUGUUAGUAAAGAAGAUUCAACCAGUUCAAUGAGUUCAAGCCAAUGUGAUCUUAGAUGUAGCGACGAAAAGGCAUCAGAGGAUGUCAAAGAAAACAGUAGCCUAGAUUCAGAAUCAUGCUUUUUUACGAGUUUAGAAUUGAGAAAAAAUUCACCAUAUAAAGAUCAAUACUCAUUGGAUAAUAGUGAAACAUCAAUACACAUCCCUCAAGAUAAUAAUAGUGAAGUAGAAACUGAAAUUGUAAGGAAGUUCAUAAAGUUUACGGAAUAUGAGGAGAAAUUUAAAGAUAAAUCUAAAGUAACCUAUGAUUCGUGGACUCAUAGGAAUGAUGAAUACGGACAAGUUGAAUAUGAAUCUGUGGAUAAUGAAAAUCAUCCUGAAGGUCAUUGUAGUUAUAACGAAGAAAUGUAUGAGAGUAGUGACACAGAUUAUAAUAAUGUAUCAGAAACAGAAAGUAACAACAAUGACAUAAAUCUUGACAUGUUCAUAGAGAAAAUGGAAUCAUAUGUCAAAGAAACAUAUUCCACAGUCUAUAAAUUUUGUAAUCAUUCAUAUCAAAAAUUAAUUUUAACACCUAGUUAUUCUGAGAAAUGUGAUAUAAAUGUACUGGCUGAGAAAACCUAUGCAUUAAUUGAAAAUUUAUGCAAUGCUUUUACAAGAAUAUUGGAACGUGAGAAGGGUGAUUCUGAACACAAAAUUCAAGAGGUGUUCAAGGACACGGAGCUUGGAAACGUCAGUGGUCAAAUGAACAAUAUUGAACAUUACAGGAAUCUCAUUAGUUAUCUGCUGCAAAGUGGCAACGCUCUAAAAGACACUCUGAAAUUAAUUUUAGAUGCUAGCAAGAUAUAACUAUUAUAUGAUAUUCUGUUGUCUAUGAAGUCAGAAUAAAUUGUUAAAUAGUAAAAAAAAAAACUCCUGUGAUUAAUAUUAUUGUACAUAAUAAAGAAAAACUUAUUUUUGUGUCAUUAAAGAAAAAAAAUAAUAUUUAAUACACUUUUAUUAUAACCCCUCAGACGUUCAUCCAUAUGGCACUUAUGUGCGUAAUAAAUAUAUUAAAAAUUAUUUACAACUAAGGAAGGCUAUUGUAAAUACUAUCUAAAGCCUCUUCCGUCCAUCAUAGCUUGGGCGCAG